AUGUCUAUUCUCGAGUUCCUCGUGCUUGCACUCGCCGGAACGGCCGUCGUAGCCUCACCUCCUCUCGCCCUCCGAGCCGUCUCCCCAGAUAACUCAUGCGGGAAGACUGGAAACGGAGGUAGCUCAAAGGCGUACACCUGCCCUACCAACUUGCCAUGCUGUUCAGUCUAUGGCUGGUGCGGCUCUACUGACGCCUACUGCUUGCCCUCCAACGGUUGUCAGACCGGCUUUGGUACGUGUACGGGAACGAGUAGCAGCAGCCCGCCAGCGAGUAGCAGCAGCAGCUCGCCAGCGGGUAGUAGCAGCAGCCCGCCAGCGAGCAGCAGCAGUGCCUCGGCAACCAAGAUCUCCCCUGACAACUCCUGCGGAACGACUGGAAAUGGAGGCAGCCCAUCGGGGUACUCUUGCCCGACGAAUCUAUCCUGCUGCUCGGUCAACGGCUGGUGCGGUUCGACUGACGAUUAUUGUUUGACGACCAAUGGCUGUCAGACCGGGUUCGGUACGUGUACAAACAACGGUAGCCCGCCGGCAAGCGGUGGUGAUGGCGGCGACUCGGGGUCAGGGCUCUGCGGCCCCGAUAAUGGAAAUGCCAACUGCGCCGCGAACGAAUGCUGUUCUGCUGCAGGAUUCUGCGGAACAACUGAAGACUACUGCAGGGCUCCGGACUGUUUGUUCCAGUUCGGCCCUGCAUGCGAUGCCAACAAGAUUCCCCCGGGUCAGAACACCUCGAGCAUUGCUCGCCCCAAGCUUGGCCAGGUCGAAUACGGCGGUCCAGGUGUAUACAGCUGCGUCAAUCCUGGCGAUGUUGCUCUGACUUACGACGACGGCCCGGCCUCGUACACAAACGAUCUGCUGGAUCUUUUGAAGAAAUACAAUGCCUCAGCCACUUUCAUGAUCACUGGCAACAACAACGCCAAGGGUGAAAUCGAUAAUGCCACGUUCCCCUGGGUUAACACCAUCAAGAGGAUGUACGCCGAAGGCCACCAGAUUGCCAGCCACACCUGGUCCCAUCCUGAUCUGUGCAACAUCACAUCGGCUCAGCGCAAGGAUGAGAUGUACAAGCUGGAGAUGGCUCUCCGAAACAUCAUCGGCGUCUUCCCUACUUACAUGAGACCUCCUUACUCCUCCUGUACAGCCAAGUGCGGCUGCGAACGCGACAUGAAGGCGCUGGGCUACUCGAUCAUCUACUUUGACCUCGACACCGCCGACUACCUUCACGACAGUCCCACGGAGAUUCAGCAGUCCAAGGACAUUGUCACCCAGGCCAUCGCCGCCAAGCCGGCCGCCAGCGACAACUUUCUCGUCAUCGGCCACGACAUUCACUAUCAGACCGUCUACAACCUGACCGAGUUCAUGCUUCAGAAGUUCCAGGGCAAGAACAUGGUCACCAUCGGUGAGUGCCUGGGCGACCCGAAGGCCAACUGGUACCGAACGGACGCGCGCACCACUCUUGAUUAA